AACGGUGCGCAAAGAAGCUGAUUUUGUAACUAAAAACGGCAUUUUUCUUCAACUUCUCUUCAAACAGAAAAAAUUGGAAAACAGAAAUGGGGCAUGAUGCUAACAUGCGCAGGAGAGUAUUUUUGGCAUUGUUAUUAACGUUAUCGAUUAUCGGAGGUACUCAAGGGAUAUGGUUAACGUUGCCGGCGACCGGAACAAAGUGCGUGUCGGAGGAAUUACAUUCUAAUGUUGUCGUUUUGGCCGACUAUGUUGUCGUUGCUGAUGAUCAUGCUCUUAUCCCCACCAUUUCUAUCAAGGUUACUUCACCUUAUGGGAACAAUCUUCACAACAAGGAGAAUGUGACACACGGUCAAUUUGCAUUCACAACGAAUGAGGCUGGCAAUUAUCUGGCAUGUUUCUGGAUGGAAGGCCAACAUAAAGGGAAAGGAGAUAUAAGUGUUAACAUUGACUGGAAAACUGGAAUUGCAGCUAAGGAUUGGGAAUCGGUCGCAAGAAAAGAGAAGAUUGAGGGUGUUGAACUUGAGCUGAGGAAACUCGAAGGAGCAGUAGAGGCCAUCCAUGAGAAUUUACUCUAUCUCAAAAGCAGAGAAGCAGAAUUGAGGACUAUGAGCGAGUCGACAAAUGGUAGAGUUGCAUUGUUUAGUAUCAUGUCUUUAGGUGUCUGCAUUUCGGUCUCAGUUCUGCAGCUAUGGCACUUGAAGCGUUUCUUCCAAAAGAAGAAGCUUAUCUAGGCAGUGCUAAUAAAAUUAUGUUCUAGGAGAAGAGGAAAUUUUGGUAAUCCUCCGUUUUUCCUUCUAUCAUUUUCCUUGUAUGUUGCAGAAAAUUCUUGAUACCGUGAAUAGAGUUAUGUUUUCACUUUCACCGAAGAUGCAUUCAGGUUUCACUUU